AUGCCCCCUACAAGAAAGUCACAAUUUCGUGUUUAUUUACAUGCGGAACAAGACUCCGUAGUCUAUCCGAUGCCAUUCUUAACCCGGGAUAGUCGAGUCAAAGAUCUAUUCAAGGCGGCUGAGUUGGCUACAGGUCUUUCUAUGGAGUGGCAAAAUAUCUACUACAUCGAUCAAUGUACAGUUCACCUUCACUCACCUCGAUCUGACCUCUUCCCAUCUGUAGGUGAUUUGAAUCCGGAUCAUCAACUACGUGACUUCCACGUCGUUCACCGUUCGCACUUUACCACUCACAUUCCUGAUGAAUUGGCCAAAUUGCUGAUGGAUGUGCGUGACGGUGAUUGGCGAAAGAUUGUGAACCACGGGAUAAGCCCUUAUCUGCCCACUGGUAAUGGGUGGAUUGUGGAGCCGGUGAACUGGCAGCGAACCCGAUCCCGAUUGAAUUUCGCAUGGAUGAGUGCUGCCCGGUUUGGGUUACAUCAAAUCGGUGCAGCUCUCCUCUCGUUGGGUGCGAAUUUGAACGUGACUACCCAUUACGGUCGCACCGCGCUCCACAUGGCCGCUGCUCACGGACACAUUGGAGUGCUUCAACUUUUGGCGCAAAAAGGAGCAAAUUUACGUGUUACUGACUGUGACGGAGUCACUCCGCUUGCCAUUGCACGCAAACACGGGCAUAUGGCAUUCGCGAGAUCUCUGAACCGUUUGGAUUGGCUAGUACGUGUCCGGGGCGUGCAACCACGUUUUCUCAAUCUACCUCUGAAGGCGUUUCAAUUGUGCGAUUCGAAAUAUCCUAAAUGGCGACAGGAUCCCGAUGGAAAACUUUAUCUGGAAGAGAGCAGCAUGUUCUGUGCAGCAACCCCAAUGGAACGAUCGAUGCAUUUCUAA